AUGCUCAAGCGAAGCGAGGACACGCCGGCCGUGGUCAUUUUGGAAGCUCGAGAAGCUUGUUCAGGUGCCACUGGGCGGAACGGUAACAGCACAGAUAUUAUCUCGCGGUUGGCUUUUCCUCACCACUGACUUGAGAUCACAGGCGGUCAGCUCAAAUCUGAUGUCUACUACAAUAUCCUCAAGUAUACUCGAAAGUAUGGCGCCGAGCGGGCUGCGGAGUUUGCCAAAUUCGAAAUGCGAAAUAUCAUGGCUUUAAAGCGGCUCGUGGAGGAGGAAAAGAUUGACUGUGAUCUUGUUCUCACUCGCACGAUGGAUGUGUAUUUGGAUGAAGAGCACUCAAAAGCUACCAAAGCUACUUUCGAUGAGCUGUCGAAUAUUGGAGUAGCUGAUUUGACAGACGUGGAGUAUACUGAAGGCAUUGAUGCUCAGAAGGUAUAGGCACUCAAGAACAAAGGGCUGCAACACGCGCUGACGAUCUUACUUCGGAGUAGAUUUCGGGUGUCAAAGGCGCCAAAAGCUGCUAUUCUUUCACGGCAGGACACCUAUGGCCUUAUAAGCUCGUAAUGCACCUCCUGGAAAAGAUCGUACGACGAGGUGUAAACCUACAAACUCACACUCCCGUGACUUCUGUCUCCGACACCUGCGAUUCCGAAGGCCGCUGGACCGUCACGACUCCUCGAGGAACCAUCAGAACCAAGAAACUCAUCUUCGCUACGAAUGGCUAUACCGCCGCCAUCGCGCCGCAAUUCCGUAGCAAGAUUGUUCCGGUGCGUGGGAUUUGCAGUCGGAUUCAAGUCCCCCGAGAUACCAAACCCCAGACGUUGAGCAACACGUAUAGCCUGAGACAUGGGAAAGGUCUUUACGAUUACAUGCUCCCUCGCCGCGAUGGGUCGAUCAUUCUAGGCGGAGCCAAGCCUUCCUUUUGGCAUGACCGGUCACAAUGGUAUGGGAAUACGGACGAUAGGGUGCUCAUCGAACCCGCGAGUGACUAUUUUGAUGGCAUUAUGCAGAGGCAUUUUGUCGGAUGGGAGGACUCCGGGGCGUACACGGAUCAUGUGUGGACGGGCAUUAUGGGCUGGAGCAGUGAUUUCAUGCCCUUUGUUGGACCUGUGCCGGGGAAACUGGGGCAAUACAUUAUCGCGGGCUUUAGUGGGCACGGAAUGCCGUUGAUUCACCUGUGCUCUGAAGGGUUGGCGGGUAUGGUUGGAGGGGAGAAGACGUUUGAGGAGACGGGGAUGCCGAGUGUUUUUGCGCCGACGGAGGAGAGGUUGAAGAGCACGAGGAAUGAGAUUUUGGAUACGCCGACGGGGAAGCUGUGA